AUGGACCCAAGAGCUGUGAUAACACCAACGUUAACACCACCGCCACCAAAUCCACCCUCAUUGUUUCUACACUCGCUACUUCCAUUAUUUUUGGUCCUAACUGCAUUCGGACCAGGUUACCAAACCAUUUCUACUUUUACCCUUCUCUACUUUCCCCUCUCUGUAUAUUACACAAGAACUUAUACAAGAUGGUGGUGGAUAAUUUUCUACUACCUGAUGAACAGUAUAGGGACUAUGUUGGCAUAUAUGAACACAUUUAAUUUAUCGGGAGUAGGGAAUUAUCUAGGAAUAUCAUGUGUUAUUGGACUAAUUUUAAAUUUGAUAAUGCUCAUACCUAAUAUGUUUGAUAGAAUUGCUCAACGUAAAUUUUCUAGCGAUGGGUGGGCUAGAAUUAUGGUAUUUCCCUGCGUUUGGACAGGAAUAUGGACAAUUUUAUUGUACACUUGGGCAUUAGGUGAUUGGGGGAAUUACGUGUAA